AAAUUCAUUCCCUGCUCGCCAAGCCGCCCAACCCAGACACCAUGAGCUACUGCUUCUCCAGCACCGUCUUCCCAGGUUGCUACUGGGGCAGCGAUGGCUACCCGCUGGGCUACAGUGUGGGCUGUGGCUACGGUAGUACCUACUCCCCAGUGGGCUAUGGCUUCGGCUAUGGCUACAACGGCUCCGGGGCCUUCUGUUACCGAAGAUUCUGGCCAUUUGCUCUCUACUGAUUUGCUGAAAUACCGGAGGCAUGGAAUUUUCUCCCCCAAACCCAAGAGGCGCACUUCCAGGUCCUCAGAGACCCAUCAGCCUCCCAGGUGGCUGCUUUUCACAUCAGCACCAGAGUCUCAAGGGAAGAAGAUGAAAAACCGCUUGCCUCCA